AAAGCAAACCUAAAAUCAAAAACAGUAACGAGAGCUCAGAGCUGAGGAGGUCACAGUGAAAAUGGCGGAAUCUUCCACACUCGAUCCUGAAUCUCCUUAUUAUAUCGAUCCAGAUGACCAAUACAACGAGAAUCUCCCGAUGGCUAUACUAAGCAAAGCCGAAGACAACUAUUUCAUCUGGAAGAAUGGUUUUCUCCUUUUCCUUCAAAGCAAGAACAAAACCGGGUUCGUCGACGGCACCGUCGAGCAACCUGAACCUUCCUCGCCGCUCUAUCAUCCAUGGGGAACAUGUAACGCGAGGGUUAAGUGUUGGAUGAUGAGUUCAGUGGGCGAAGAAUUUCGAAGGUAUGUAUCGUCCGCGAAGACUGCGCAUAAAGCUUGGGAGGAUCUCCGGGUCCUGUUCGUGCCGAGUGUUGAUUUCAAGAUCUACGAGCUUCGUCGGAGACUCGCGAAUUUGAGGCAAGAUGGUGACUCUGUGAGUGGAUAUUUCGCGAAAUUUAUGAGAGCUAGCGUGGAGUUGUUGGAGUAUGAUCCUGUGGCUGAGUGUGCGUGCGGAGGUUGUGAUUGCGAGAUUGAGAAACAAGCUAAAGAGGCGAGAGAGAAGGAGCAGCGUUAUGCGUUUCUGAUGGGGUUGAACAAAGAACUAAGCUAUGUGAGAACGCAAAUUAUGCUUAUGAAUCCUCUUCCGUCUCUUCAUCAAGCUUUUGUUCUGGUAGACCAAGCAGCAUCGGUGAUCAAAUCAACAAGGUGAUGAAGAAUUAAGUUCGAGUGUUUUAUUUUUUCAUUUUUAUUUUCUUGAGUUGUUGUUUUGUAUCUACUCUACAUAUGGAAUAAGAUUCAUCAACUCUAAUUUUUCUUUA